GCAUCAAACACAGAUUCCCUGAGCAUCAGUAAAAGCCCGCACCUGGGAAAUUUCCAGACAGAAAAUGCCCAUCAAGCCACACAUCAGGAUCUCACCUCGAGCGGUCACAGCACCAGCAGCUCUUCAUCACUCUCCACUCCUCCCCCUGAUAGCCAGAGUCCAGCCCAGCAUGUCCAGGGGGUCCAAAGAAUCAAUGGUGUGACUAUGGGAACACUAACCAGUGGCAUUCAGACAGUCACAUCAGCUAUUCCUACAGUGCCGGGAGUGGGUGCAAUAAUUGGAGCAUUGCCGGCAAACCAGUUGGCGAUUAAUGGCAUUGUCGGGGCUCUGAAUGGAGUGAUCCAGACCCCAGCUACACUGCCCCAACCCACUGGCCUUACUCAUGGGACAAUAUUACCUAAUGUAACGCAUCCUAUUUCUUCCACACUAACAAAUAGUGCCUCAGGAUUAGGACUUCUCUCUGACCAGCAGAGGCAGCUCCUCCUUCACCAGCAACACCAGCAGUUCCAGCAGCUCCUGAGUUCUCAGCAGCUCACUCCUGUAAGUUAUGUACAUGACAGGGCCAUGGGUGAGACUGAAAGACAUAAUCGGAAUUAA